AUGUAUCGUCCACAGAGCUCUAGUCAAUCCGUAUCCAAUUCUUUCACUUCUAAAGCUAAUAAGUAUUAUCCGACUCUUCAAGACGCGGAUCUUGGUCCUUUCAUGAUUGAUAUCUCCGACUUACAAAUUGUCAUGAGCACAGACAUCGGCACAUUGAACCCGCCGCCAAGCUCAAAUCCGAGUAUCAUUCGUUGGGUUCGAGCGUACGUUACCUUGGUUUCGAAGAAGCUUUUUCAAAAUUCGCCAGUUCGUUCUAUUGCAUUUUCUUCUAUGGCAAAAGGUCGAAGCAAAAAGUUGAUUUAUCAAGCGGAUACCAACUACUUGAUAAUCUCUUCAACCAGGCCAGAAUAUUCCACGUGA